AAUUGUUACAGAGAAUGUCAAAAUUUUUAUUUGAAUGUAUUUUUUAAAAUAUAAAUAACAAAAUCGAUCGUAUAUUUGUUGUGUAUCACGUGAAAUAUAGACUGGCAAAAACUUUUAACCGGUUAUAAAACAUAAGUCAAUGCGAAAACAAAAACGUAUCUUAACAUUAUCUACAGACCUACCAUAGUGUAGGUCCUACAGCUGGAGCUACUGCGUGCACAGAUCUGGCGUUAGGAAAUGGCAGUACAUGUGCAGGUGCUGCAGGAACAUAGGAGGGUGCAGCAAAAGGCAGAGAUACUCCAGGUGCAGGUAAUGCAACUGAAGAUGCAACAGGUGUAGGUAAUGCGAUUGGAGCAGGAAUGGGACCAGGUAAUGGUGCAGGGAAAAAUGUAGGUUGUGGAAUUGGCCCUGGUAGAGCAAUGGGAGCUGGGCCUGGAACUAAAGGUGGUAAUCCAAUGGUUUUAGUAACAAUUCCUGGUGGGUUUAAAACUCCUGCUGCCAAAGGUGCCGAUAAAACGUCAAGGCCUUUGGUGAAUGUGCUAACUUGGGCAGCAAAUGGUCGUAUGUUCUGGGGUGAUAUCAAAGUGUAUCUUAAAGGUGGUGCUACAGGAACUACGCUGGAUUUAAUUUCAAGUACAUUUAUGGUAAUUAUCUUAGCUCUUGCUGCUGCUGCCUUGGCUGACCCAGUCGCCAAACCAGAUCCAAGUUUCGUUGCAGCUCCUCUAGCAGUAGCUCCAGCAGUAGUUACCGCACAGAGUUCCCAAGUCUUUGCUCGUCAAUACAACGCCUUAGCAACCGGGGUGGCUCCUCUAGUAGCCGCCGCUCCUUAUGCUGCAGCACCUCUAGUUGCAGCACCAGCGGCUUCUCUGGUUGCAGCUCCAGCGGCUCCUUUGAUAGCAAGUUAUAGAUAUGCAUCUCCUUACGUCGCUGCACCUUUACUUUGAAAACUAUUGGAUAUUCUGUGAUGUGUAAAUAGGCUGAAUAAAUU